AUGGAGGACCUCACAAACACUCUGGCUACGCUCGGCCUUGACAAGGUCCCGCAAGAACCUAACACAUACCCCACGCUGAACCCGUUCGAUAUCUACAGAUCGCACAUCACGGAGCUGUUGUCGCAAGUAUCAGGCGUGGACAAGCACAUAAUAUACCCUACACUGGCAUGGACGGCAAAGCCAGAACAUGGUGACCUGCAGCUGGCGGUCCCAGCGCUUCGACAGAAGAAGAAGGACAUGAAGGCAUAUGCACAAGAGCUGGCAGACGCAUUCCCGGAGUCGCCGCUGGUAAACAAGCCAAUUGUCACAAACACCUCGAUUGGUUUCUUCUUCAAGCCUGAAACUCUCACCUCUCUUGUUGUACCCAUGGUUAUCAAGUCCAAGGACGACUACGGCUUCAACAAGAACUUUGGGCUCAAGAACCCUGUCGACCCCUCCUCCGGCGCAAAGACGAUGAUCGUCGAAUUCAGUUCCCCAAACAUCGCAAAGCCCUUCCAUGCCGGCCACUUGCGAAGUACAAUCAUCGGUGGUUUCCUUGCAAAUAUAUAUGAGCGUGCAGGAUGGGAUGUCGUUCGCAUGAACUACCUCGGAGACUGGGGAAAGCAAUAUGGCGUGCUUGCUAUUGGCUUCGACCUAUACGGCAACGAGGAAGAGCUCGUAAAGAACCCUAUCGGGCAUCUAUACGACAUCUACGUCAAGGUCAGCAAUGUACAGCAUCAGGAGGCCGAAGAGAUGAAGGCGCUUAAGGAAGAGGCUGCGAAGCUAAAGGAGGAGGGCAAGGAUGCGUCCGAGCAGGAGAACAAAAUCAAGAAGAUUGAGGCCGAGGGCAUCGAUGAGCAGGCCAGGAAAUACUUCAAGGGUAUGGUCGAUGGCGAGCCCAAGGCACUCGGUAUCUGGAAGCGCUUCAGGGACCUUUCGAUCGAAAAGUACAAGCAGACGUACGCUCGAUUGAAUAUUCACUAUGAUGACUACAGCGGAGAAUCACAAGUCAAAGACGAGAGCAUGGAGCUUGCCGCAAAGAUUAUGUGGGAGAAGGGUGUCUGUCAAGACUCUGAAGGUGCCGUCAUUGUCGAUCUGACACCGCACUCCAAGAAGUUGGGUAAAGCAGUUAUCAAGAAGAAGGACGGAACUUCAUUGUACCUGACCCGAGAUAUCGGCGCUGCAAUUGAGCGUGUCGAAAAGUACCACUUCGAUAAAAUGAUCUACGUCGUCGCCUCACAACAAGAUCUGCAUCUCGCCCAACUCUUCAAGAUCGAAGAGCUCAUGGGCCGAAAGGACAUUUCCGAAAAGUGCCAACACAUCAACUUCGGCAUGGUUCUCGGCAUGUCAACCCGAAAAGGCACCGCCAAAUUCCUCGACGACAUCCUCCGCGACGUAGGCGACAAAAUGCACGAAGUGAUGCGAACAAACGAGACAAAAUACGCCCAAGUCAGGGAUCCGGAAAAGACUGCCGACACACUGGGUAUCUCAGCCGUCAUGGUGCAAGAUAUGAAGGGCAAGCGCAUCAACAACUAUACCUUCGACAUGGACCGUAUGACAUCAUUUGAAGGCGACACAGGUCCAUACCUACAAUACGCCCACGCCCGUCUCUGCUCCAUCUACCGCAAAGCCGUCGACGCAGAUCGCUCGCUUGAGGAAAUCGAUCUCGCUUCCGCUGCUGAUCUCAGUCUGCUAAAGGAAGACAAGGCUGUCGAGUUGGUCCGCCAGUUGGCGUCGUGGCCAGAUACCUUUGUCAAUACGCUCAAGACGCAGGAACCGACAACUGUGCUUACGUACCUGUUUAAGAUGGCGCACGCGCUUAGCAGCAGCUAUGAUCACUUGCAGGUUGUGGGCAGUGAGAAGAACGUCUUGGUUGCUAGGUUGGCGCUGUAUGUGGCUGCCAGACAGGUGUUGUAUAAUGGUAUGAAGGUGCUUGGGUUGAGCCCGGUGGAGAGAAUGUAA